AUUCGAGCGGGACUUCUCCGUACUUAUGCUAUGAUUGGCCAGGAGGGUGAGGACCAAUUAGAGGCAAGCAGUGCUGUCCAAUGGAAACCACUGCUCUAUGCAGUUUCUUUUCUCCAUACCAUUGUUCAAGAGAGACGCAAAUUCGGACCGAUAGGGUGGAACAUUCCCUAUGAGUUCAAUCAAGCAGAUUUCACUUCAACUGUUCAGUUUAUUCAGAAUCAUUUGGAUGAUAUGGAUGCGCAUAAGUGCUUGAGUUCACCUGAUAAGCUGACUUGGCAGGGUAUAUCUUGGGCGACUCUCCGAUACAUGAUCAGCGAGGUCCAAUAUGGUGGGCGAGUCACUGAUGAUUACGAUAAGCGUCUACUCAACACCUACGUGCAAGUGUGGUUUACAGAUCGUCUAUUUUCCGAUGAUUUCCGCUUCUACAAUGGAUAUGCCAUUCCGAAGGCACGAACUAUUGAGGAAUAUCAGGCUCGAAUUUCGGAACUGCCUGUUGUUGAUUCUCCAGAGUGCUUUGGAUUGCAUUCUAAUGCUGAUAUAACGUAG